AAAUGUGUUGUAACUUUGACUUCCGGACCAUUCGAGGGUCACGCUUGUAGAAGAAGGUGGUGUGUAGAGGAACCAUUCAUUCUGUCCGAUCAAGUUCAGAAAUAUUGUUUCUAAGCAUGAUCAGAACUGUUUUACGGGCUAGUGGUGCCCUUUUGAAGCACUCUGGGAGGAGUGUGCCAGGUCUGUCGACUCCAGCACAGCAGCGAUGGGCCUCCAGCCUUCCCAUGAACACCGUGGUGCUGUUUGUCCCUCAGCAGGAGGCCUGGGUGGUGGAGCGGAUGGGCCGCUUCCACAGGAUCCUAGAGCCAGGGUUAAACUUCUUAAUUCCGAUCCUGGAUAGAAUCCGCUAUGUGCAGAGCUUGAAGGAGAUUGUGAUUGAUGUGCCAGAACAGUCUGCUGUUUCUCUAGACAAUGUCACUCUACAGAUAGAUGGAGUUUUGUACCUCAGGAUACUGGACCCAUUUAAGGCCAGCUAUGGUGUGGAGGACCCAGAGUAUGCGGUCACCCAGCUGGCACAGACUACCAUGAGAUCAGAGUUGGGAAAGCUGACCCUGGACAAAGUAUUUAGGGAAAGAGAGUCACUGAAUUCCAAUAUCGUCAACUCUAUCAACCAGGCAUCGGAUGACUGGGGCAUUCGCUGCCUGCGAUAUGAAAUCAAAGACAUCCAAGUCCCGCAGCGGGUCAAGGACUCCAUGCAGCUGCAGGUGGAAGCUGAACGGAAGAAGAGAGCCACUGUGCUGGAAUCCGAGGGACACCGAGAAGCGGCCAUCAACGUGGCAGAGGGAAGCAAACAGGCACAGAUUCUCGCCUCCGAGGCUGAGAAGUGGGAGAAAAUCAACAGAGCUGCUGGUGAAGCCAAUGCUGUGCUGGCUAAAGCAGAAGCCAAGGCCAGAGCCAUCGAGAUGCUCUCUGAAGCCCUCACACAACAGAAUGGCGGUGCUGCAGCGUCCUACAAUGUGGCUGAGCAGUACGUCUCCGCCUUCUCCAAUCUGGCCAAAGAGUCCAACACCAUCCUACUGCCCUCUAAUACUGGGGACAUCAGUAGCAUGGUCACACAGGCUAUGACUAUCUACAGCUCCCUCGCCAAGCCGACCCAGAGUCCAGGUGCACGCCUGCCUAUCUCAGAGGGCCCAAAGUCGGCAUCACUGGAGGACACAACCCCAAGAGACAGUGGUGCACCACAGGCUCCUCUCCUCUAGAGGGCGAUAUGCACAACAAGACAUUCACACUGACCAUUACUCAAGAAACACACAGAACCAGAGGAACAAUCCUGUUUGCCAUCAGGGCUGAGGAGGCGACUGUAGAAUCGAUUCAUCUGACCACAUUUUUGUCUCUUUGAGGCCCACUCAGGAACUGUUGGUUCUCCUGUUAUGGCUGCUGAUGAACUUCCAUGCAUUCAAAGGAGGGGGAAGGAAAGACGGAAUAAAGAUAGGCACACAUGUGGGGAAAGAAUGCUCUGAAGGUUAAAUGACAUUGUCAGCCUUAACUUUAUUUUGUUUUCUUUUUUUAAUUACAUGCUAGGCACACUGUCAAGUCAUAUUUGUGGAGUCAUUCUCAAAUUCCUGUAGCCAACUGCAGAUACUUUGGGAAUAAUUAUCUUCACAAAUGGCAUUUAUGGAAUAGCUAUAUCUGGUAUUUAUGGAAGCAGCCCCUUCACAUGCAAGAGUUAUUGUACUGUGACCAUCUCCUUGAAGAUUAUAUGGUGAGCCUAACUUCCCAGAGAAGCCGAUAUUCGUCCUCAGGACUUUCCCAUGAUUAUCCAGCUAUUGGCCCUUGUAUUCACACCAAUGUUUAUACCCACAUCUGUGAAAAUUGUGAGGGAAGUGAAUGAGUGUACCAUUGGCUUUGUGGAGCGUAUCAUUUAUGUCUCUUUUUUUUGUUGUUUAUUUAAUAAUCUGAGGCAAUUGUAUUUUUAAUGAGGUCCCAUCAGAUGGAGUCACAGUAUCACACAAAGCACUUGACAUUUACGGAGUUGUGUUUGGGAGGGGAAAAAUAAAAACAGUAUGGAAAUCA